AUGAUACCAGUAACUGAAUCAAAUUUAUGUUCAACUUGCAAUAAAUCUUUAGCUAGAUGCUUUUGUAUUGGAUGUAAAAAAUAUUUUUGUUCGAAGGAUUUCAAAGAACAUAAACAACAGCUAUCGAUAAUAUUCAAUAAUGAAAUAGUAACAUCACACAAUGAACUUCUUAAUCGAAUUCAAAAGUUAGAAAAAUCAAAUUAUUUUUCAUCAGAUCUUUUUGCUCAAAUUGAAGAAUGGAAAAAAAGCACAAUUAACAAAGUAGAAAAAGCAGCAGAAAGAACUCAUCAUAAUAUUAUCGAACUAAUCAAUAUACAAAGAAUAAUAAUAACAAAACAACUUGAACCAAUUACAAAAGAAAUUCGUUGCCAUCGAGAAAAAGAAAAUUUUCUUGAAAAUGAUAUUGAUCGACUUCGAAAAAAAAUUCAUGAAAUCCAACAUAAACUUGAACAAUUUAUUCAAAAAGAUACAACUAUAACCAUCAUUGUCGAUAAUAAACAAAUUGAUUGGAAUCGACUCAUCUAUAUUCGAGAAGAACAACAAGACUCACAAUUACUAGCCAAUGCAUAUCUGAGUACAAACACACAAUGGAUGCAAAAUGGUGUCACUGUCGCUGGAGGAAAAGGACAUGGUAGUGCAAUACAUCAGCUUAAAAACCCAUGGAGUUUAUGUGUUGAUGAUGAUCAAACUAUCUACAUUGCUGAUUUCUACAAUCAUCGCAUUAUGGAAUGGAAAAUCGGUGCGACGUCUGGUCGAGUUGUAGCUGGUGGAAAUGGACAAGGAAAUCGUUCUGAUCAAUUGAAUUGUCCGACAAAUAUAAUUAUUGAUAAAGACAAUGACAGUCUCAUCAUCUGUGAUCGUGGCAAUCAAAGAAUAGUUCGAUGGCCUCGUCAAAAUGGUACAAAUGGAGAAACAAUCAUCUCAAAUAUUGAAUGCUCGUCCUUGACAAUGGACAAUGAUGGGUUUCUCUAUAUUGCCGAUUGGGAUGAACAUGAAGUCAAACGACAUCGAAUGGUAGAAAGUCGAGGAACAGUGAUUGCAGGAGGAAAUGGACAAGGAAAUCGUCUUGAUCAAUUGAGUCACCCGACAUACGUCUUUAUCGAUCGGGAUCAUUCAGUUUACAUAUCAGAUCACAGUAAUCAUCGUGUGAUGAAGUGGAUGAAAGAUUCGAAACACGGUAUGGUUGUAGCUGGUGGCCAAGGUCAAGGAAAUAGUCUUACACAAUUAUCAAAUCCUGGCGGAGUUGUCGUGGAUCAAUUAGGUACUGUCUAUGUAGCUGAUAGUUGGAAUCAUCGAAUAAUGCGUUGGUCUCAAGGAGCUGCACAAGGAAGUGUCAUUAUUGGUGGAAAUGGUCAAGGAAGUCGAUCGAAUCAGCUAUCUUAUCCCAUCGGUUUGUCAUUUGAUCGAGAGGGUAAUCUUUAUGUAAGUGAUCAAGGAAAUCAUCGCGUACAAAAGUUCAAUAUUGAUCGAAGUUGA